AUGUCUCCGCUGAAGGAUGCUUCGUCGACCUCCUCCGGGAAGGACUCUGCUCCAGCUCCUCCCAUCGUUAGGCGCAGCAAAACCAUGCCAACUGAUAGUCCGUCAGCAAAGUUCCUCUAUACCAUCAUCAAGCAGCUCGACCUCAAAGGUAUCGACUGGAACCUAGUCGCAUCGCAGCUUGACAUAUCCAACGGCCAUGCCGCCCGUAUGCGCUACCACCGCUUCCGAAACCAGAUGGAGGGGAUCCACUUUACGCAGCGGAAGCGAGCAUCAACCAAGCCUCCCAAGUCGAGCAUCAACCCCCUCAAAAUGAAGAAGCAGAAAGAGAUCACGCCAGAGCCGGAACAGGAGGUCAAAGCCGAAUUCAAAGGCGAACCGCUCACAGAGAGCGCCUACAAGAUGGAUCCAGAGCUUCAGAUGAAAACCGACCCGUACCUCUCCCAGCCGUCCUCCAGUCUCGCUGAUAUCCCGCAAUAUGAGCCGCAGACAUUGACUCCAUCGUAUCCGCAUUCGCAUUCUCCUUCCUUUGCUCCUUCUAUCGCAACCCCAUACCAAAACAUGUCUUUGACUCCGGAGUUCCGCAUGUAUUCACCCAUGCCUCCUUAUCCUCCAGUUCCGAACUCGGUCGACCAAAGCUACCAGACCCCGGUUGAAUGGACCCCAGUCCAAGUUGGGUCAUUAAAUCCGUCUGAGGAAUAUAAUGAUGCUGAGAUCCUGGAGGACUCUAUGAAGAAAGAAUGGGAAGGGCAGGACAAUAUCGUUUGGAAGGAGUGA